UUUCUGUUUUGAUUUGUUCCAGACAUGCUAAUAAAGAGGCAACAAAGGAAUACAAGACUGCAGGGCCAUCAGUGACAUUGCAAGAGGAAGGGUCUUCUUCUGAUGAGGAAGAUCAGCAGUUGAUGACUCCUUAUCAAGAGCUGCUUGCCAAUUUGGGUGCCGAUGGAGGUGGGGACAACGAUCUAUCAGAUGAGGAGGAUUUGGAUGAUAGUGAAGAGGAAGAUGGAGAACAAGUAGCCGGUGAUAGCAACGAUGAUGAGGACAGUGACAUUGAUGAGGAGGAAGAUGAUGUUGAUGACGAAGAUAGUGAAGAAGGAAAUAGUGAAAUAGAAACAGAACUAUUAUCAAAUGGAGAGGAAGAGGAGGACAGCAAUGAAGAAGAGGAAGAUGAGGAGGAGGAGGAGGAAAAAGAUGAAGAGGGGAGUGAGGAGGAAAAAGAAGAGGAGGAGGAAGAUCUUGGAUCAGAAAGUGAAUCAAAUGGCGAUGAUGAUGAACAUGAAGAAAGCCAGUCACAAGUAAACAAAGAUCCAUUCUUCAAAAAGGUCAACCAUGAACUAAGUGAGGACUUCAUCAACAAGUUGACUAAACGGAAGCCCAGUCACAAAUUUGAAGACAAGUGGUCAUGCUUGGGAAAACUCUCCUGUUCCUGUUACGACGAUGUCUCGCAAGGGGAUUUGAAGGUGUGCAGAGAAACAGACUUCAAGUCUCUACAUGUCCCCAAACGAGUGUCUAGCUCUUGGAGAGAGGCUAACAAGGAUUACAUAGAUGCAGACUCAGAGGCAAAUCUAUCUCGUCUUCAACAAGAGCUAUUCUCCAUCAUGAACUCUUCCAAGGAUCUUGUUUAUCCUGAGAGGAGUUACAAGAAUGAAGAGGAAAUCAGACUGGUUUACUGUCUUCAUGUGCUCAGCUAUAUUGUCAAAUCAAGAAACAUCGUCCAGAAACAUAACCAGAUGCUGACAGCUAAUCCUGAGCUUGACACAGAGUCAAUGAGGGACCAGGGCCUGACCAGACCGAGGGUCCUGAUUCUGGUCCCAUUCAGGAGCUCAGCCUUGGAGGUCAUCAAGACCAUGGCUAAGAUCCUGAUCCCAUCAGACCAGACCAUGAGCCAUCGGAAGAGGUUCUUUGAAGAGUAUGGAGGAGGCGAAGAUCCAGACUCCAACAUAGUCAAGCCAGAGGACUGGGAGGCAAUGUUUAGAGGGAACAAUGACGAUCAUUUCAGACUGGGUGUCACCAUCACAAGAAAGAGCUUCAAACUCUACUCCACGUUCUACUCAGCCGAUAUCAUCAUUGCUUCACCAUUGGGACUCAGAACAGUCAUAGGGGCAAAAGGAGAGGACAAGCAUGAGUAUGACUUCCUGUCUUCUAUCGAGCUGCUUGUUAUGGACCAAGCAGAUAUCUUCCUCAUGCAGAACUGGGAACACAUCACGCACAUCAUGGAACACUUACACCUACAACCCAAGGACUCUCAUGAUGUAGACUUCUCUAGAGUCAGAAUGUGGGCUCUCAACAAAUGGAACAAGUACUACAGACAAACGUUGAUCUUCAGUAACGUGAACACCCCUGAAAUCAAUGCUCUAGCCAGCAAACACUGCUCAAAUAUGGCAGGUAGAGUAUCAGUGAAUAACAUGCCGGCACUUGGUAGCAUUGGUCAAGUGGCUGUUCAGCUUCCUCAGGUUUUCCACAGGAUAGAAUGUGACAGCUUUGCUUCGGCUCAUGAGAAGAGAUUCCAGUUCUUUAUCACAAAGGUCCUUCCUCAGUAUAGAGAAUCCCUGAUGUCUGGCACUAUGAUCUACAUUCCAUCUUACUUUGACUAUGUCCGAGUCAGAAACUACUUCCGCAAACAGGAGAUCAACUUUGCACAGAUCUGCGAGUACACAAGUCAGUCUAAUAUCUCAAGAGCAAGGAUGUAUACGGCCAAAGGAAUGCGUCAUACUCUAAUCAUCACUGAGAGAUUUCACUUCUUCAGAAGGUACAAGUUGCGCGGCAUUCACCACAUCAUAUUCUACCAGCUUCCCACCUACCCGCACUUCUACAGCGAGCUGUGCAACAUGCUGGAGACGCCAACAACAGAGGGCGCGAUGAAGGAACACACCUGCAGUAUAAUGUACACCAAGUACGAUGCCCUACGGCUGGGGCCAGUGGUGGGACUCAAACGCAACAGUCACAUGUUGAACUCGGACAAGAAUGUUCAUAUGUUUGUGUCUGGAGAUGUCUGAAUGGUGAAUGACAAACAAGAAUACUGCAUGUCAGUGUAACUGUGAUCCGAGCAGAACACUCACAUGUCGACAAAGAGAAGAACGUCCAUAUGUUCGUGUCUGGUGAUGUCUGAAUGGCGAUAAACCAACAGUAUCUUAAGUCAGUGUUCCUGUGACCUUCAGUGUUGUUGGUUUGAAGAAAGACCAAUCAUCACCCUGAUGUAUACAUGUAUUGGAGGUAGAUGUCAUGCUGUUUGGCGAUUAGACACUUGCAGGUGGAGCAAGGAACACACUCUAUGAAGGAGAGAGCUCUCAAAAUGUCUUCCAAAAGCUCUUGAAAUGGUUUCAAUUCAGAGGAGCCACCUAGUGCUCACUUGUAGCUAAAUUUAGUCAACAUCCUGAAUUUAGAGAUACAGACAGUCAAAGAGAGAGAGAGAGAGAGAGAGAGAGAGAGAGUAGGGAUAAUAAACUAAUAUGUGAUUUUAAUCAAGAGAAAAGCUAAUGGUUACCGGUACUCAUAACAGCAAAACACAUGACUUACAUAUAUAUCUAUUACUUUGAAUAAAGACUGGUGCAUCUAACUAGUGAAAGGAUAUUCAAGCAGUGUUUGCUGGCUAGAUUUCAGGUGCAUUCACAUUGGUGAAGAUUAGCGAUCGUCUGGAGAUUGUCUCAGAUGCUAUUAAAUCCUGUGUGUUUCUGGUCAGUUUACCAGCAUUUGGCCAUGGCAUUUUGUUCCUGACAGUAACAAGUUUGGCAUCUUGAAGGGUUUGAUCUUUAUUCAGGCAAAUAGAAAUGAUGCCACAGUCAAGGUGCAAAAGAAAGUGAAUGUGAAGAAUAGUUAGUAACAAGACAGUGCAAUAAAGCAGAAAUGGACAAAGAGCGUACAUUGCACUUGAAAGUAAUUACCUGUAGGUCUAUGGACAAAUAAUACAAAGACAAUACUUUUGUAAGAAUGUACAAGUAAAAAAAACACAAUCAUGCUCUAACAUGAUGAUGUUCCUAUCUUCCUCUUAAUUUAUCUGUUGAUUGUUGCACUUCCUCUCCCUAGCUACACAUGUAACAGACUGCUUUAAAAUAUCCCCCGACAGUUCUCACAAAGAAAGUAUUUCUAAAUAAUACUUGAUACAUAAUUCAAGAAUGAAGAAUAGGAAUGUUAUUUUUAAUUUUUAAUUGAAAGAUUGACAGGUUUUUAUGUACCCGGUAAAUGUUUUCUCUUUUCUUUAAAGAUACAACAGCAAGCUAUGG